AUGGGGAUAUUUGAUAAAUUUCCGAUUCCUAAAGAGAAAGAACAUUUACGUGAAGAGCUUUUAAGAGUAGAAGAUUGUUGGAAUGCUCAACGAUUUGAUUCACUGCCUCAUGUUGUCCGUAUCCUGACAUCAAGAAAUCGUGAAGGUGAACUUGAGAUUUUAAAGGAACAAAUCGAUGUUGUCGAGGAAGUUGUAGAUGAAGUUGUUCACACUUAUCACGGUGGCUUCAACAAAGCAAUCCAAAAUUAUUCUCAGAUCUUGCGAUUAUUCAGUGAAUCUUCUGAAAGUAUUGAUGUCCUAAAGGUAGAUUUGGCUGAGGCAAAGAAACGCCUUUCUGCACGCAAUAAACAGUUGCAUCAGUUGUGGUAUCGAUCUGUUACAUUGCGCCAUAUAAUCUCCUUGUUAGAUCAGAUUGAGGGCAUAGCUCAGGUUCCUGCUCGUAUUGAGAAGCUCAUUUCAGAUAAGCAGUUUUAUGCUGCAGUUCAAUUGCAUAUUCAGUCAGCAUUGAUGCUUGAGCGAGAGGGCCUUCAAUCGGUUGGUGCUCUCCAAGACGUUCGAUCUGAACUGACAAAGUUGCAUGGUAAUCUGUUCUAUAAAGUUUUGGAGGAUUUGCUUGCCCAUCUUUACAAUAAGGGUGAAUACAGCUUAGUUGCAUCAGACCUGCAUGAAAAGGAUGACGAAGUGCCAAAAACCACUGCUGUUGCAAUUGCUGAGGGAUCAUAUAAACUGAGUUCAAUACAUGGAGGGUCACCUUAUGAUGGUCAUAACGAGAAUGGUUCUUCAGAACCAAAUGAUGAAAAGCUUAACGGUGGUGAUGGAAAGGAUGGCAGAGUCUUAUCCCAUCAAAUCCCAGUGUGGCUUUUUAAUUCCACUCCUGAUGAAUUUCUUGAAACAAUUAAAAAGAGUGAUGCUCCACUUCACGUGAAGUAUUUGCAGACUAUGGUGGAGUGCCUCUGCAAGCUUCACAAAGUAGCUGCAGCUGGUGCUUUAAUAUGCCAAAGAUUGCGAUCCACUGUUCAUGAGAUCAUCACAUCUAGGAUUAAAGCCCAAGCACACUUCAUAAAUUCUUCAAAGUCUGAAAUUGACCAGGGCGCUCAAACUGGAAAAGCACAGGUUGCUGCAAAAGAGCUUCUUGAUUCAAUUUUGGACUCUCUUGUUCGGAUAUUUGGAAACCACGUUGUUGUUGGAGAGCUUAUUGAGUCAAAGUCGUCUUCCCUGCAAAAUGAUAUGAUGAAUCUAAAGUCAAUGCCAACAGAUGGAAACCUUGAUUCUGAAGCAUCUCAAGUUACUGGAGGCUACAGUAUUGGUUUUUCAUUGUCAGUUUUACAGAGUGAAUGUCUACAACUCAUUUGCGAGAUUCUUCGAGCUACCCCUGAGGCUGCAUCAGCAGACGCUGCUGUACAAACUGCCAGGCUUGCUACCAAAGAAAAGAGUGAUGGAUCGGAGGAUGGCCUCACUUUUUCUUUCCGUUUCACGGAUGCUACCUUGUCAGCUCCUAACCAGGGAGCUGAUUUUAUUCGCCAAGGAUGGAGUAAGAAGGGUUCCAAUGUCCUACAAGAAGGUUAUGGCUCUGCGGCUGUCUUGCCUGAGCAAGGCAUUUAUCUAGCUGCAUCUAUAUACCGGCCUGUUCAUCAGUUUACAGAUAGGAUUGCUUCAAUGCUACCGAAUAAGUAUUCCCAGCAUGGUAAUGAUGGAUUGCUUUCCUUUGUGGAGAACUUUGUGAAAGAUCACCUUUUACCAACCAUGUUUGUUGACUACCGAAAAAGCGUACAACAAGCUAUAUCAAGUCCAGCUGCAUUUCGACCGCGCACGCAUCCCAAUUCUUCGUAUGCUUCGUCUAUUGAGAAGGGUCGACCUGUCUUGCAGGGGCUUCUGGCCAUUGAUUUCUUAGCAAAAGAGGUUCUUGGUUGGGCUCAAGCAAUGCCUAAAUUUGCUGCUGAACUUAUGAAGCAUGUGCAAACUUUCCUAGAGCGAACAUUUGAAAGAUGUCGUACCUCAUACACGGAGGCAGUUCUUGAGAAACAGAGUUAUAUGAUCAUUGGAAGGCAUGAUAUUGAUAAAUUGAUGCGAAGGGAUCCAGCUAGUGCAUGUUUACCAAAAGCAUCUGUUCAGUCGAAUUCGAGAAAUAACGCUUACGAUGCGAGAAGCACUGAUGUUGAAUCAGAAUUGAGUGACCUUCUCUUAAAUUUGCGUCCUAUUAAGCAGGAGAAUCUAAUACGUGAGAACCAUAAGCUUGUUUUGCUGGCAUCCCUGAGUGAUUCAUUGGAGUAUGUUGCAGACUCAAUCGAAAGACUUGUACAACUGAUGCCACUAACACCGAAUCAAGUGGAGAAUGGCAUGCCUAGCCGAACAAGCAGUUCCCCUGCUAAGGCUCUGACGUCGUUCGCAGACGAUUACAGAAAACUAGCAAUCGAUUGCUUGAAAGUUUUGCGCGUGGAGAUGCAGUUGGAGACAAUUUUCCACCUGCAGAAAAUGACAUACAGGGAAUACCUGGAUAAUCAAGAUGCAGAUGAGCCUGAUGACUUUGUUAUUUCACUAGCUGCACAGAUAACAUGCAGGGAUGAAGAAAUCGCACCUUUCGUUGCCGGGACGAAGCGGAAUUACAUAUUUGGUGGAAUAUGUAGUAUUGCUGCAAAUGCAACCAUUAAGGCUUUGGUCGACAUCAAAUCGAUCAACCUGUUCGGAGUUCAGCAGAUAUGUCGGAAUUCAAUUGCUCUAGAACAGUCUCUUGCAGCUAUCCCUUCAAUCGACAGUGAAGCCAUACAGCAGAAACUAGAACACGUUCGAACCUAUUACGAACUGUUGAAUAUGAGAUUCGAGGCCUUGCUUGCCUUCGUGACAGAGAACGGGCACUUGUUUACACGUGCAGAGUACAUUAAUCUUCUAAAAGUCCAGAUCCCAGGAAGAGAGAUACCCCCAGAUGCACUAGAUCAAAUGAAGGAAAUUUUACCCCAUUAGCAGUCGAAAGUGACUCAAUUUGAUCCUCCAAAUAAAUGACUCAUCUCCUAAUCGGUAUGGGACGGGGAUAUGAGGUUGCUUCCAUUAUUAUUGCAAAUAAAAAUCUGUGGCUACAGUAAUUGUUAAUACACAGUGUAUAAGUGUUGAUAGGUCGGAUCAAGUUUAGGUCGAGCAUAAGCAUGCUAUUAGCAUCAUAUUCAAGCCUAACCAGGUCUAAAACAUAAGUUUCAAAAAAAAAUUCAAAAUUCAAUUAUAUUUGCAAAUAGAUAAAUCCGAUUAUAUCUAUCCACAAUAGCCAAAA